CACUUCUACUAUACACAUGUUAAGUUGACAUGCCUUCUCAUAGUUGUUUCGUACCAGGCUGCAAAAGUGGGUAUCCAGCUAAGGUUAGAAGGGCAAGGCAAGAUGGAAAAGACAAUCCUUCACUUUUUCGACCACCCAAGCAUAUGGUACAGUUAUGGAAUUCAAUUAUACAGAGAACUGACAGGAAUCUCCACAGUGAAGAUGUAGUAUGUUCACUGCACUUCAAGGAAACAGAUAUAGAACGGUAUUACACCCAUGUAAUUGACGGCCAAGUGGUUCAGAUAGAAAGAGGAAACCCAAAGCUGAAGAAGGGUGCUGUGCCAUCUAUUUUCUGCAAUGAUAAUUUAAAGGGAAUAAGGGCUAUGAGGAGAAGCAGAGCACUUACUCGACAUCAUAAUUCUGAAAUGGGUACACCUUCGGUUGAAAAGAAGUGUAAAAUAUCUCCACAUGUUGAAACAUUCACUCCUAUUAGUAAAAGAGCCAUGAAAACUAUAAAUCAUAAAAAUAAUAGCACAGCCACCAGAAUUAAAGAGGUCUCUGAGCAGAACUGUAAUUUCGAAGAAACAGAUAAUUUAAAAUUACAGGCCUCAAAAUUAUCCACACCAUUAUGUGAGGUGAUCAACACUUCUGUUCAGAGUAGAACUGAACUGUACAAGUUUCUAGAUGGAGGAGAAACUGAAUCCACUAAUCAGUUAACUGCAAAGAUUUUGAGAACAUUAUUAGAUGGGAAUGAGUCUGAAUUUUCCAUUACUGUGGCUGAUGAAACUCUCAAGUCAACAGAUAACAGCAUACUUGAAGCAAAACACAGUACUUCAGAAGCAAAGUUGCAAGUGUCACACUUCACGUAUAAUGAACUCUUGGAACAUGCUUACACGAUUCCACUGCCAACAUCUUUAUGGGCUGUUCAUAAGCAACCUCAUGACAGAUAUAUUGCCUUUGUUCACGUAACAUUUAGCACAGAAACUGGAUUUGAAACUGACAGGGGUGUUGUAUUUGAAGGGACAUGUAAGCCUAUUAUAUUCUUUUAUGGUCACAAAGUUCCUCUUCCACAACUGGAAAACGAAGUUAUGUGUGCUGGUGAUGUACGUAACUUAUUGCAAGAACUUGAUCAAUUCCGUGCUGUUUGUCUUUUGGCAGAAUGUGCAAAAUAAGUUGAAAUGUUAAGCUAAAACCAUGUAUAUGUUCCCAGAGAAUUGAACACGUGCCAAGGUGUACAUCAAAUUGUUUGAGAUUUUACGUCCUUCAUUGUUAAUUUAUUACAGAUACAAAUCUGUUACGAUUAGUGCUCAUCAGCAAUAAUUACAAGACUGCAUAGUCUUAAAUUCAGUUAUUAAUAAGGCUGAUCAACAUCAGGAAUAAAAUACUGCAUUCAGGCAUGA